UGAUCGCAGUCUGUGUGGAUGUACACGGAGUUAUUCUCUGUGUGUUUCGUGUUUGUUUUGUUUGUGUGCUUAAAUGUGCUUAUCGAGGAAAUGGCAUUUAAGUCUGCAGCGGUCGACAUUACAAUGUUGUAGUUUUCAUGUUCUGCAGUUCUAGUCACGUACACGUGUCCACACAAGUAUGAAGGCUUGGUCGACCUUUUUUGUGUGAUAUUUUUUGUAUAUUAUACACGGUAGACAUGCAAACACCUGCACACAUAUUAACAUAUAUAUGCACAUACCUGUAUACCUUAAUACAUGCACACACAUCCAUAUUGUUAAUGUACCCCCCUCUCACUGUUAGGCUUGGUCGACCUUUAACUGUCAAGUUCACGUAAGUUAAAAGGGAUUCAUAUGACUAUAUUUAGAAGAAAGGAUGAGUUUAUUUUAUCCAAAGUGGAUGCCAAACUCGCAGGCAUUGAGUCAGAGGAUGAGAGUGAAUCCUGAGCAGAACUGCUGAGGAAAUGUGUGAUACUGAUACUGUGAGCUUUUACAUCUCCCCAGUUUGAGACUUCAACCACAACAAUGUCUGUCUGGGACGACUUGGACCUACUCUUGGACUCCCCCUCCUCCCUUACUGUGACAUCCAGUGCAAGAGGAACUGUGAAGGACAAGGCCAACUUCAAAGUGGAAGAAGAUGUGUCUGCACUAAGGAAAGCCAUAGAGGGCGUUGGUACAACAGAAAAGACACUAGUUGAGGUGUUGACCCAAAGAAGUAAUGCUCAGCGUCAGCUUAUUGCCAAGGCCUACGAGAAAGCCACAGGCAGGAAAUUAGCAGCUGACAUAGAGGGCGACACCCACGGAGACUUUGAGGAUGUGCUGGUCGCCCUGGUAACCGAUCCUGCCAUCUACGACUGUCGGGAAGUCAUCAAAGCCAUCAAGGGAGCAGGGACCACCGAGAGCACGCUGACCGAAAUCUUUGCCUCGCGAUCCAACAGGCAGAUCAAGGUCUUGUCUGAAGCAUACCUCGCGGAAACUGGAAAAUCGAUGAUUCAUGAUCUGCAGUCGGAGGUCGGGGGAGAUUAUGGCAAAGCACUGCUCAUCUUGGCUGAGGGGAAGAGAGAUGAGAGCACCAAUGUGGAUGCUGCCAAAGCUAAAGCAGAUGCUAAGGCCCUGUAUGAAGCAGGGGAAAAGAAGUGGGGAACUGACGAGGGGGCGUUUAUUGACGUCUUGUGCCACAGGAGUAUUCCCCAGCUUCGACAGACUCUGGUAGAGUACAAGAAUAUUAGUAAGAAGACUCUACAGGAGAGCAUUGAGAGCGAGAUGUCUGGAAACUUGGAGAGUCUACUGGUGGCAGUUGUUAAGUGUGUGAAGAAUGUUCCUGCAUACCUGGCUGAGAGGCUUUUCAAGAGCAUGAAGGGUGCGGGGACCACAGAGUCCGAUCUGACCAGGAUCAUCGUCAGUCGCUCAGAGCUCGACCUGCUGGACAUCAGAGCAGAGUACAAGAAGCUGUUUGGAUCUUCCCUCUACACCCAGUUAGAGUCUGAGGUUUCCAGCAGUUAUGGCGACACCCUCAAGAGUCUUUGUGGCCAAGACUAACUGCUUCCAACUCCAGUGAUGAGCAGCAUGUGGCUGCAAGAGGACGACCGGUCACUUUCCGACAGUAUUAUACAUUUGAACUAACCGUCUUGAAAUGCUUUUGAAUGUGGGAUCCAGUAAUUUUCAACUGUGCUGUGCAGACUGAUUAACGCACACAUACAGAUUUAAGAAGUGCAGAUAUGAAAAUGCUGUCAAAUGUAUUUUUGAAUUUAUAGACAUGUUUGUAUUCCAUGUGACUGCUACCCCUCAGCUCCACAUUUAUACUCCAGCAUAUUGUAACGCAAAUAAACGGUCAUAACUUUCAAAUAAAAAUUAAGAAAAUA